AUGACCUCGCGCAGGUGGUUUCAUCCCAACAUCAGCGGGGUGGAGGCGGAGCAGCUGCUCCUGUCCAAGGGCCAGCACGGGAGCUUCCUGGCAAGACCCAGCAAGAGCCGCCCGGGGGGCUUCACACUGUCCGUCAGGCGCCACAACGAGGUGACCCACAUCAAGAUCCAGAACACAGGCGACUACUACGAUCUGUAUGGAGGGGAGAAGUUCGCGACGCUGGCCGAGCUGGUGCAGCACUACACAGGCCAGCGCGAGGGGCUCCGAGAGCGCGGCGGGGCCCCCGUGGAGCUCUGGCACCCGCUGAGCUGCCAGGACCCCACAUCGGAACGGUGGUACCACGGGCACCUGUCUGGCAAGGAGGCCGAGAAGCUGCUGAUGCAGAAGGGGCGUCCGGGCAGCUUUCUGGUUCGGGAGAGUCAGAGCAAACCUGGGGACUUCGUGCUGUCAGUGCUCACACAGCAGCUGGGCAGGGCAGACCGCCAGGCACGCGUCACCCAUGUCAUGAUCCACUUCCAGCCAGAUGGGAAGUACGAUGUGGGAGGUGGCGAGCGGUUUCACACCCUGGGAGAUCUGGUGGAGUGCUACAGGAAGAACCCUCUGGUGGAGAGGUCGGGGACCGUAGUGCACCUCCAGCAGCCCCUCAAGACCACGAGAAUCAGCGCCACAAGCAUUGACAGCCGUGUGCGGGAGCUCAGCGAGGCCAUGGAUGCCAGCGAGAAGGCCAAGCUGGGCUUCUGGGAGGAGUUUGAGAUGCUGCAGCAGCAGGAAUGCCGGCUCCUGUAUCCCCGGAAGGAGGGCCAGCGGCUGGAGAACAAGCCCAAGAACCGAUACAAGAACAUCCUCCCCUUUGAUACCACCCGUGUCAUGCUUCGUGAUGUGGAGGACAGCGCGCCUGGAGCCGACUACAUCAACGCCAACUACAUCAGGAGUGACCCAGAGGAGAAGCCAGGCCGUGGACCAGGAAAGGUGUACAUCGCCACCCAGGGCUGUCUGCCAACUACGGUGGCUGCCUUCUGGGCCAUGGUGCACCAGGAGAACACGCGUGUCAUCGUCAUGACCACCAGAGAGGUGGAGCGAGGCCGGAACAAGUGUUUCCGAUACUGGCCAGAGCUGCAUGGCAGCCAAGAGUAUGGCCGCCUGCGUGUGUGCAACGUUGCUGAGCACCAGGCCCAGGGCUAUUGUGUGAGGGAGCUGCAGGUGUGGCGGGCAGACCAGGAGGAGUCACCGCGCACAGUGACGCACUGCCAGUACUUCGGCUGGCCGGACCACGGGGUCCCGGCCGAGCCCACCGGCGUCCUUGGCUUCCUGGACGAGGUGAACCGGGCCCAGAGCAGCAUGCCAGGGGCCGGACCCAUGGUAGUGCACUGCAGCGCCGGCAUCGGACGCACUGGCACAAUCAUUGUGAUUGACAUCCUGGUGGACGUCAUUCGCAGGCAGGGGCUGGACUGCGACAUCGACGUCCCCAAGACGAUCCAACAUGUGCGGCGGCAGCGCUCGGGGAUGGUGCAGACCGAGGCGCAGUACAAGUUCGUGUACCUGGCGCUGCAGCGGUACAUCCGGGGCGAGCAGCUACGCCUGCGCGAGCAGGUGGGGGCAGGGCCGGGCCGGGGCGGAACCUGCGGGGGCAUCACCAUGGUGACCAGCGGCCCCUCCCCUCAGCGCGAGCCGCACGAGGAGCGCGACUCCCUGAAGGUGGGCGCCUCGCCCUCCGACCCCGGCUGUAGCCCCGGACCCGCGCCGUCCCGGGCGCCGGCGGCCACCCCGGAGGCCUCCGGCCACGUAUACGAGAACCUGCUGCGCCUCUGGCCUUCUGCGUCUUUGUCGGGGCCUGGAGAAAGGGAGCAUGUGGGUCCCCACGACUGGGCCCAGCUUCCCCAGGGUGUCCCUGAGCCAGAGGCCCAGCUGCCAGGCCUGGCCCGGGAGGGUCUGCUGGAGGAACCUGAGGUCUGUGGGUCUUCAGGACACGCUGGUUGUCGCCAGCCCCGCUUCCGUGCACACUUGGGCUUUGGUUCCCGGGGCCACGGGGUCCUGCGGCCCACCAGUCAGGGCUCCAGGCAGGACUGUGGGGCCGUGACUUCUGGGGGAUGCGGCCUGGUGUGA